AGACAAGUUUUGAUUCCAGUAUUCUUGGUAAAAAAAUAACCACAAACCGUAGAACUGUAGAAGUAUGGUUACAUAGCAUUUCACACAGAAAUUCUGUUUCAUUAGAUAAAAAAUGUUAUACACAAUGUUAGAAACAACGUGUAAGAUAAAAUGAUCUGAAUUAAUUGAUUAACAAAAGAAUGAGUAAAAAUAGAAAACACGUAAUUGAGGGCCUAUGAACAAUAGAGCAUAGAAGACACAUAAUUGAGGGCUGUAGUCCACAAAAUAGAAACUUCACUUAUUACUAGUUAAUAGUACACGACGGUCUAAUCUAAAUUAUCUCACGACCGUCUCAUCUAAAUUAUCUCAGUUUAGGUUCAGUGUCAUUUUCUUAAUACUAUUUACGAAUUUCAAUUUAGAUUUUUCUGAAUUUGAAAUCAUCUUACUUUCGUUCAAACGUUCUUCCAAUUCUUAUUUUCACUCAAACACUCUUCUAAGUCUUUGUAAGAACCACUUAUUUGAGAUAUCUCUCUUAAAUAUGAAAGACUAACACAAGAACUACACAAAAUAUUUCUGUAGUAAGUUGUUUGUAUUGAAAUUAUGAGAAUAAUUUAGUGUUGAAAGAUCACUAUAAUUGCUGGGGUGAUAGGCAAUUCGUCCCAUGAGUUUGAUGAGGUUAGGGAUUUGAUUCCCCUUUGCAUGUGAUAACAGUCAAUCAUGAACCACCACGACAUGAUGGUGAAUGAUAUCAAUGCCAUGCUUGACAAGGCAGAACCACCUUUUAGUGCCGCCGACUAUUGCAUCUACAAGGUCCCCAAUAGAGUUCGCAGACUCAACGACGACGCAUACACUCCCAAAGUCAUUUCCAUCGGCCCUUUCCACCACCGUCACCACCACCACCCCCACCUCCAAAACAUGGAACGACACAAACUCAUUUACUUCAAAGCAUUUCUCAAACGUGCUGAAACAACUACACAACCCUUGAUUGAGUGCAUAGAAUCUAUCAUACCUAAGUUUCGUCGUUGUUAUUCCGAAACCCUAGACUUCACCGAUCAGGAACUCGUUAAAUUAAUCCUAAUCGAUUCUGGUUUCAUAAUUGAACUUUUCUAUGGAUACUAUUAUGAACAAGAUGAUUUUUAUCUCUUAAAACCUUGGUUACGUUGUAAUAUAAGAUUAGAUUUAUUAUUAUUUGAAAAUCAAUUGCCCUUCUUUGUUGUUGAAAAAAUCUUCAACAUUUCUUUUCAUGCUAAGCGUUAUAUCCGUUCUUUUCGUCAGCUUACUUUUUAUUAUUUUAAAGAAUACAAUAAAUCAAAUUUGGUUUAUGAUGAUCGUAAUAUUAGCAUAAGUCAUUUCACUGACCUAAUUCGAAUUUUCCACUUGCAACCAUUUGGAAAACGACCGCCUAGAAGUGAACAACUGGUGAAACAUCUUCAUAGUGUAACUGAUUUGUUUGAAGCAGGUGUUAGGUUCAAAGUGAACACUCAAAGUGAGUCUUUCCUCGACUUGAGGUUUUCGAGUGGAGUUCUUGAAAUUCCUCAAUUAAUAGUCGAUGAUUGGACUGAGAUUUUGUUUCGGAAUAUGGUUGCUUUGGAGCAAUGUGAUUACCCUGAUGAGUCCUACAUUACUGAUUAUGUUGCUCUUUUGGAUUUUCUUAUUAAUACCGGAAGGGAUGUGGAUAUACUUGUUCAGAAUGAAAUAUUGGUUGAUUGGCUUGGGGAUAGUGGUUCUGUGGCUAACAUGUUUAAUAAUCUUUGCAAAAAUGUUACAUUUUCUAGUUCCAGUUCUGAUUACUUUGUUCUUUCUGAAGAUUUGGAUGGUUUUUAUAGUGAUCCUUUGCAUAAAUUGAAGGCUACUCUCAGACGCGAUUAUUGUAGCAAUCCUUGGCAAACUGCUGCUACCGUUGCUGGUUCUGUGGCUAACAUCAGUUUGUUCUGUCAUGCAAGUUGUACAACAGUAGAAUGACUCCUAAUAAGUUUAAUCAUUGUUGGAUUCAUAAAUAUUGUAAUUCUUCUUACUUCCAAUUUAUGUUGUUUCGCUUGUUUGGUUAUUGUGUGUGUUGUAUUAGACCAUCAUUGUAAUUUCAUAUUAAAAAAAUUUCUGCUAUUUGAUCUCAUGUUAUGAAAUUAUUGAACACAUUUUUCAACAUAAAAGUUACACAACUAUUCAAAUCAAGGCAAUAAAGCAUAUGCACAGAGUUGA